UGCAUCUAAUCGAGGCAAGGAAAUUAUAAUUAGUCUAAUCCUAACUUUAUAAUUAAUUUAUAAUUAGUGACAGCGAUGCGUCAUUGCGAUAUCGUAUGUACCAGUACGAUAAGUCUAUUUGGAAAGGAAAUCACAACAUGAGUGAGCGUCCUUUUUGGAAAGAGAAAGUUUUCUUACCAGUCAUUUGUGAAUUCUCGAUGGUCGAGUAUGUUGUAUUAUUGUCUUGAGUAUUGAGAAGUGAAUCAUGGGCAACACACUUCGUUCGUUAGUGGACUACUGUCCCGAUUCUCUUGCAGUUUCUAUUUCAGAAGUCUAUUCAAGGAGAAAAGGAAAACGAAAGUUGGAAUUAGAAAACAAAGAAGAGAAUGAAUGGUUGGAAUGCCUUCAACAACCUAAAACAAAAAAAUUACUGUCGACUGCUCAUUAUAUUUAUCAGGCUCUUUUUGUGGACGGCAAAGACAGUGACAUUACUGUAAAUAUUUUAAAUAAAGAUUUUAAGCUACAUAGAGUUUACUUGGGACAGAGCCAGUAUUUCAAUAGUAUGUUUUCUGGAUCAUGGAAGGAAUCUUCGAAGGAUUAUAUAAGCAUAGUAGUGGAAGAUCCCAAUAUUACUUUAGAUGCUUUGACUAUCGUCUUAGGUUCAUUUUAUCUGGAUGAAGUAAAGUUGGAACCGUGCAUGGUUGUUGGAGUUUUAGCUGCUUCUACAAUGUUUCAAAUGGAUGGUCUUAUAGAGCAAUGUUGUGAAAUAAUGUAUGAGUCUGCUUCACCUGUGACUGCAGUUCAGUAUUACCAAGUAGCCUGUAAUUAUGGGCUUCAAAAGGUUAAAGAAAAAGUACUUAACUGGUUUUUGGUUAAUAUUAUUGAUUAUUACUCUAAAAAUCCAAAAAGGCUGAGAGAAAUUGAUAUUGAUUUGAUGUCCGCAAUAGUCAGCCACCCAGGACUAUGCAUAAUUCAGACUGAAAUGAAUUUAUAUUUUCUUCUUCGAAAAUGGUUGUAUCUACAACUUCAUCCAGAUGUUGACUUAACAACCUGUAAAAAUGACCCUUGCGAGAUAUUCUUCAAAAAGUCAAAAGAAACCAAUGCUUUUCUUCUAACCAGCAAAGGAUUACCAUAUUUGAAUAUUUUUCGAAAUCUAAGACUAGACAAUUUGAUUCUCCAUCCUCACGAUGUUCCUAUAAUUACCGCUGAUAGAAUUAUUCCUGAAUCUUGGUUUCAGGCUUCUUUUAAAAAUCAAUGGUUAGCGAUGCUGGAUAUAUUUUCUGGAAAUAAAGGGGUUGAAAGUAUUGAGGAAAGCGAAUUUUUACAAAAUUGUUAUCGCUGUGGGCGAGUCAUUUCCACUCAAGACUCUCUUUCUUGGAGAUGGAGUGGAUUUUCAUUCGGUAUUGACUUGGUGUGGUCCAUGUGCGAUAACAUUGUUACAUUGAGGAGGAAUAGGUCACAACUCGAAUUUGCCAAUAGCUACCUUCCGCACCAUAUCGUUUUGAAAGUUGAAGUGAUGAACUUGAAUGAAAAGAGGCAAGUAAAAAGAUUUGCUUCAUCUGGUAUGCUAAAUGUUUCUCUACUUCGAGGUCAGGAAAUAAAUGUUUUGACUUUAGACAGCGAUUUCGAUUACCCAAUGUAUAUUAUAAUACACCAUCUUUUGAGAAGUAAAGAGAAAGAGAAAGAGAAAGAAAAAGAAAAGAAGACUACUUCAACAUAA